AUGUAUCCUACGACAAUUAAAUUACAUGAUAAUUCACCAAAUCAAUCAGAUCAAAAUAAUUCUCGUUUCAUGGAUGAUUUUAUCAAUGAUUUAGAAACUGGUAUACCUUAUAAUAAUCCACCACGUCAUUGUAAUAAAAAAAUGAAAAAACGUAAACAACUUGAUGCUUUAUUGAAAUUUCGUUCAUCAACAUCAAAAUCCAAUCGUCUCAGCAAUCGAUUAUCAAAUGAAAUUCUUCUUAGUUCAGAAGAAGAAUUAUUUUUAUCUAACAAAAAAAGUACUUCUACUAAAGUACAUCUAACACGUUAUCGACGAUGGUGUAGCUAUACUCGACACAUACUUUCUUUUUGUCUUGUGUGUAUUUUUAUGAUUGUUUGUGUUGGAUUAGCUUAUGCAAAUAUUGAAUUGAAAACUGAAGUUCAAAAUUUAUCAUCCCGUGUUACUGAAAUUGAAAAACGAUUCUCAAAUUUUGAAGUCAAUCGUAUAUUAUCAACAAUUGAACAAAUAAAAACUCGUCUUAAUCUUAUUGAACGUUGGAAUGUAUCAUAUAUGUAUGAUCGAUUACAAAAAUUACAAAGAGAUUUUAUUCAAAUAAAACAAAAAUCACCAGCAGAUGAAACAUUAAUGAGUGGUGAUGAUGAUGUUGACAUUGCAUCAAAAUUAACAAAUAUUGAACAGAAAUCAACACAAAUUUCUGAAGUUGCUAAUGAAUUAGAUAAAUUAAGUCGUGAUGCUGAUGGUGAAGCAAGAAAUAUUAUCAAUGAAAAAAUGAAACCAUAUGAUAGAAAUUUAAUUGAACAGUUACUUGAACAAGAACGAACAACAAACACUCAAAAAGAUACAAAUCAACUAUCAAGAACUCUUCUUUCAUUGAAUGAAAGUUUAUCUAUAAAUGUUGCUAAAUGGCAUGAUGAAUUAAAAUCUCUUCGAAAUGAACUUGAAAAUCUUAAUCAAAGUAUAAAAAUACAAGAACUAGUUGUACAUUUUCAAGAAUUAACUGAUCUCGUGCAUAAUUCAUCAGAUAAAGUAUCAGCAAUUGUUACUACAUUACAAUCAGAUCUUAAUAAACUACGCAAUCAAAUAGAUUCAUGUAAAUGCACAAAAGAAACCCUACAUUUAAAACCAUCAGUUGUUGAUAGCAAUCAAUUACAACAGAGUAUUAUUACAAAACCUAAGGUUGUUGAUACUCUAUCGUCUUCAUCUCCAACAACAAGCACAACUACAAUGUCUCAAGAGUAAAAAAUGAAUCGUAAUCAAUGCAAUAUAUAUAUAAACAAUAUUCCUGAUAUAACUAAUGAAGAUGAUUUAAUUUCAUAUUUUUCAAAAUUUGGUAUUAUUGAAAGUUAUACAUUUUUUCCAAAAACAUAUUUACGUAAUAGUGCAGCUGCAAUCAUAACAUACGGUUCAUCUGUUGAUAUAAAUUCUAUUAUAAAAAAUAAUCAACGAAUAAAAUUUAAUAAUCAACCAUUAUUUCUUCGUCAUACAUUACCAUGUACACGUCCUGCAUUUGAACGUUUUAUGUCAUCAAAUGAAUUAGUUGUAUUAUUAGAUAAUUCAAAUGAUGAUAAACAAUUUAAUGAAAUAAAUAUUAAAAAAUAUUUUAGUAAAUAUGGUAGAAUUACAUCAUGUCGAAUUAUAAUUCCUUCUCGAGCAUUUUUAAUUGGUUUCAUUGAAGCAAAUAGUGUUGAUUGUGCUAUACUUGAUGAACCACAUUUUUACAAUGAAAAUAAAUUAAUACUUCGAAAAUAUAUUUCACCAAGUCGUAUCGAUUUAUUUCGUACGAAUAAAAAUUUACUUGAUAAAGAUAAUAAAACUAUAAAGUAUUCUGUUUCGGAACAAAUUCGUCGAUUAAAACAUAUUAUUGAAGCAUUUCAAUUUGGACAAAAAAUACAAUUAAAUUUAAUUAAAUAUUCUUAUGAAAAUAAAAAAAACAAAUUUAAUAAAGAACAUCAUGAUGAUAGUAUGAAAUUAUUUAUUCAAUUAAAAAAUAUUUGUGAUAAUAUGAAUAAAGAUAUUGAACAAAUGAAAGAAAAAAAUUCUUUUUUUAAAUUAAUGAUAGAACAAACUCAAGGAAUAAAAAAAAAUAUUAUUGAUUUAUAUAAAAAGAAAAUUGAAAAUGAACAAUAUCGAGCUAAUCAAUUGAAAGAAGAUACCUUAUUCGCUCCAAAAAGUGUUCCUGUUAUUCGUCGUCAAUCACCACAACUUAUCGCACAAAUUCUUUACAAAGAUAAUAGUACACCAGGAAAUUACUAUCAACAACCUAGACAUGUAAACAUGUACAACAAGUAUACUUAUGAAGAUAAUGAUGAUGAAGAUAAUUAUUCACGAUAUUCACUUCGACCUAAUUUAUCACUCUUUAAUAUUAGUUCCGAUAAUCUUCAUUAUCAACGAGACGAUUAUCAUGAACAAAUGUAUCAACAACAAAAUUGGCUUGACCAUAUUUUUCAUUCAACCAAAAUUGAACAUUCUUAA